GUAGUUGCCGGUUAACGGAAGGAGCCCGAAUAAUGCGAUCAUUGCCCGUGAUCUGGCCGAGUCUCCUUGCGUAUUCGACGGCUGUCAAUGAGCUACUUAACCUCACCAGAGGACAUGGGUGCGCGGUUGCCAGCUACUAGCAGUACUUAGGUAGGACUCAACACAACCGCAAUAUAAAAUGGGUAGUCUAUGUGAAGACAGAGCAGCUCACUGCCGGGAGAGUACUGUCGACGCCUCGCGCUUCAUCUCCGGCACACAUGACGAGCAAAGAGACUUUGCGGACGAACUCGUCCAGUCGGUGCUGCGAUGUGGUUUUGUCAAAGUGGUCAACCAUGGGCUCUCUGACGAGCUCAUCGACGAGCUAUUCAUGUGGAAUGAACGGUUCUUUCAACUGGAAGCAGAGCAGAAGUUAGCCAUUGCCAAUCCGGCAGGUCCAACUCCACAGCGGGGAUGGAGCUGCGUGGGUGCUGAGAAGACAUCGCGGCUGUUCAGCCGUGGGGCCAGCUCCAUCGAUCUCACAGAUGCGCGGGAGCACUUUGACGCAGGGUCACCGCAUGAUAAGACCUUCGCGAAUCGCUGGCCGGACAACGCCCUGCCAGGCUUCCAGUCCUUUAUGGAGAACUUUUACAUCAAGUCCCACGAGGCCGCGUUGACCAUCAUGCGCAGCAUCGAGAUGGGGCUCGACCUCCCCCAGGGCUCUUUAGUCGACAAAUGCAGAGGAUCCUCCAGCGAGCUACGUCUCAACCACUACCCGACAAUCGAUAUAGAAGAGCUAGCCCGCAACAAAGUCAGCCGCAUCCAUCCCCACGCAGACCUCGGCGUGAUUACCUGCCUCUUUCAAGACGGCCAGGGCGGACUGGAGAUGGAGGAUCGCACGAACCCUAACUCCUUCUUGCCCAUUGUUGCGGGGAAACGGUCGGAGAUGGUGGUUAACAUCAGCGAGACGUUCCAACUGUGGACGAACAAUGUCCUCCGCCCGGGCGUGCACCAGGUCACUAUUCCCCCAACCAUGAAGCAUCUCAGCUCGGGGAAGAUUGCCUCUCGUCGGUCCUGUGCCUUCUUCCUCAAGGCGGACCGGGAUGCCUCCGUUGCGCCUCUGCCGCAGUUUGUCACCGAGGAAAGGCCGGCGGCGUAUGGGGAGAUGACGGCUUUGCAGUAUCACCAGCAACGAUUGGCAACGGCCUACUAGUUCUUAUUACUCGUGAUGAGCGUAUUCAAGGUCUAUAGAAUGCUCCAAUAUACAGAGAAUGCUCGGGGUUUCACAUUCUAGCUCUAGUGUUGUCGUUCUCAGUUCCAGAUGCAGAAAAAGACUAUCUAUAUCUCAUACU